AUGCCAACACUUAACAAGUCACCCUCUCACUCCCGCACAGUCAGCGCCAGCUCAUCAGCGGAAGAUUCCAGGAUGCUUCCUCCUGCCGGCGCCUCUGCUGCUGGUGGUCUCGCCACCACCGCCGCUGCAACCAGCAGCCAAUCCUGGCUCUCCACGUCAGCCGACUCUUUGCCCGAGACUCACCCGGGCAGCCCAGAGGAAGAUUCCUCCCUGCCCGAACCACCCGAGCCGUGGUUCUGGCUGCCCGAAAAACGUUUGGAUGCCCCUCCGAAUGAGGAGGGGUGGGACGUGGGGAGGAGGCUGGGGGGAGGAGGGGGAGGGGCAGGGGGAAGUUCACCGCCUUCCUCUCUAGCAGCUCACCUCCAGCAGCAGCAGCAGCAGCAGCUGUACUCACACCACUCCUCCUCCACCCCCACUCUCUCUGCCGCUGCCGCCGCCGCUGCCGCCGCAGCAGGAGCGGCCGGAAACCCCCUCGCGUACUUCUCCUCUUCCCCUCGCCUCGCCAUGCCUAUCGGCCAGCUUCCGGACCAGACCUCUUCUCUGGAUCCCGCUGCUACAUCCUCAAUCUUCUCCUCUUUCGCCGCCGCUACAGCCGGAGUGGCAAGUGGGAUCCCAGCCUCCCCUCGCAUGUCCUCCUCUCUCUUCUCCUACCAUCCCUUCUCCUCCCUCUCCUCUCUCUCCACCACUCCUCGAUCCCACCCAUCCCCACACUCCCUCUCCUCGUCCGCCCUCCCGGACCUCGCCGGCCUAGGCUCGGGAGACGGCUCGGCGGGAGGCUCGGUUGGGACGCCGAGGCAUGGGAGGGGGCGCAGCGUUAGCAGUCCCAUGACUGUGUGUCGAUACACGUCGCUGCUGUUCCUGGGGCCAGCAGGGGGGAACAGGCUCGUGGCCGGCACGUCUACAGGCUGCAUCCGCCUAGUGGACAUGUGUGCGGGUCGCUUGCUCUCCCUCUGGCAGUGCGGCCUAUCCGAGCCAUUCUGCACACCAGUCACUGCCCUCGCCUCUGCUGCCACCACCACCUCCUCCUCCCACCACCAACCCCGCUUCUGCUCCCCUCCUCCCUCACCUCUGCGGUCUCAACCCAUAUUUCCCUUCUCCCCUCGUCUUCCCCUCCUCUCCCUGCCCUCUCUGCCCCCAUCCCUCCCCUCAUCCUUCCCCUCAUUCCCCCCUUCCCAGCCUUGUAGACAUGUGUGCGGGGCGUCUGCUCUCCCUCUGGCAGUGCGGUCUAUCAGAGCCAUUCUGCACGCCAGUCACUGCCCUCGCCUCUGCUGCCACCACCACCUCCCCUGCCCCCUAUUCCUCCCCCCUACACAUCUAUCCUUGCCAGCCUCGUGGACAUGUGUGCGGGUCGGCUCCUCUCCCUCUGGCAGUGUGGUCUAUCCGAGCCAUUCUGCACCUCCCUGUUCCCCACUCCCCUUCUCAUUCACUUUUGAGCCUACCUUCUUCCCAACCCCCAGCCUUGUGGACAUGUGUGCGGGGCGUCUGCUCUCCCUCUGGCAGUGCGGUCUAUCAGAGCCAUUCUGCACACCAGUCACUGCCCUCGCCUCUGCUGCCACGACCACCUCCUCCUCCCGCCGCUCCUCCUCCUCCUCCUCGCCCUCCUCCUCUUCCUCCUCUUCCUCCUCUGCCCACACUCGCUCCCCUGUUUCCACCAAGUGUGUUUCUGUGGGUUUCCACUCGGGACACCUAGCGUUCCUUGAUUGGACGACGGGGAUGGUGGUGGCACGGGUGAAGGCACACUCGGGGAGGGUUACAGGGCUCGUGCCAUGUGGCGAGUAUCAGCUUCUGUCCUCGUCCACAGACUCGACCAUAGCCCUGUGGGAUAUCAGAAGAGCUGCUGACGUGGCAGCAGUGGAGAGAGUGGUGGCUCACACACAAGGCAUCACAGCAAUGGUUGCGCUCACACCCACCAUGCUCACGCCCUCAUCUGGGGGAGGUACAUCUGGAGCAGGCGGAGGGCUGAGCGGCGUGGGAGCGGAUCUAAUGCCUCCCAGCAUGACCCUGGGCCGGGUUGUGAUGACAGCAGCGGGGAGUCAUAUUGGCGUGACGAAUGUCUCGGGAUUGUCCCAAAUUGCAAAUGCUCGCACACGUGUCAAGUUCUCGAGCCAUGAGCUUGUCAAGUUCCAUGCACAACAAGUGAUCGACAACAUUCAAUCGUCCAGGUCAACCCCCAUAUUUUCGUUGGAUUUGCUUCCCUACUCUCGCCUCUUCCUUGCCGGAGGCGAGGAUGGUAUUGUUCGUGUUUGCAAUUAG